GCGUUUACAUUCGUCAUCUAGCAGCCGAGGACCCAGCGAUCGGCAAAAUACUACUCAUCGUCUGUUGUUUAUUGUUGUUGUUGUGUCGAUCCUUGCCUUCAGUCCAUGCGCCAGGAUCCAAUCGACGGCGAUGAGAGUCUCCUCCGGACUUCUGACCUGCUGGAAUAUCGAUAUCUGAAUGCUAGCCAAACUCAUCACCUCGAAACUUUGGCACUGCAGCCUGUGGCGACUCCGAAUCUUUUUCUCGCGAUGCUCGGUAUCCACUUCUUGGCCCCACUUCCACUUGCGAUGAUGAAGCAGCUCCACCCCAGCACUUUCUGGCACGAGCAUUAAUUCCAGCACACAUGAAUCGGCACGACGAACGGGCAGAUGCCAAUAGGAGGCGACGAAAUUCCUCGUUUCCCGGCCGAACCGAAACAGACGCUCAAGCCUCGAGUUCAGACCCAACGACGCAGCUCACGUUCCCAUCUUUGAAUGAUCCACCACCUCCAGAGUCUCAGGCUUCUCCCUACUUCCACCAGCAGCCUCCAUCCUUGGUUUUCCAGCAUGUGCAUGGCCCCCAGUACUCGCCGGGGACAUCACCGCCGUUCCAGUACCAAUCAUACGCGCCCGCUUUCAUUCACAUUCCGAGCCAGAGCGGGUUUCAAGCGCACCAGCAGCCCCUUUCGUCCCCCGGAUAUUUCUCGUCGCGUCCGACUUUCCAGCGGUCCUUCUCCGACGUCCCACCCUCGUCGUCAUUCCGGGCCGGUCCUUCGUCGUCUAGCAUCCCGCUUUCGACACCACCCACCCCAAUGCUGGAGCAGCCGUUAUCGGCGGAAUCGCGGUCGGAUUGGGCCAUGUGGGUUGGGAAUGUGCCCAAGGACGCAACGCAGGAGGAGCUCUUUCGGUUCUUCUCGCAGUCACCCACGUCUGGUUCGUCCACUGUCCCGAACAACGGUGUGCUCUCGAUCUUCUUGAUCCUCCGCUCCCACUGCGCGUUCGUGAACUACGUCUCGGAAGAAGAUAUGAUGGCUGCGAUCAAGCGCUUUAAUGGGCUGUCCCUGAGGCAGGAGGGUCGCUCUGCCGCGUUGUUGUGUCGGAAGAGAGAUGGACGGAAUGAUUUCAGCGAGAGCGGCACUGGCCAGCAGAAGAUGAAACUGCACCGUCGUUGGGUCAAACAGCGUACCCAGAGCCACAGCAGCGAGGACGAGUCCGAUGCUUCAACAACAUCAAGCUUCCUCCAGCUGCACUUUCCUCGACGGUUCUUCAUUCUGAAGUCGUUGACGCAGGACGACUUGGAUCUCAGCGUCAGGCACGGUCUAUGGGCAACCCAAAAGCACAACCAGUCAAUCCUAGAGCAAGCCUUCCGAACGUCUGAGCACGUCUUUCUUAUCUUUAGCGUCAAUAAGAGCGGAGAGUUCUUCGGAUACGCCAGAAUGGCAAGCUUACCGGCGCCGGGCAGCGUUCAAGUCGACUGGACGCACAGGCAGACGUCCCCGACAUCCCCAGGUGCUCGAGAAGGAGGAAACGAGUGGGGUCACGAAUUCCAUAUCCACUGGAUACGAACCAAGCGGCUGCCCUUUGCGCAAACUCGCAAUUUUCGAAACCCGUGGAACCAGGGAAGAGAGAUUAAAGUCUCCAGAGAUGGCACGGAAUUGGAGUCUUCCGUGGGAGAAGCGGUAUUGGCUGCCUGGGACAAGCCAGCACUCUCGAACAACUAGUUCAACGAGAUGGUUGCUGUCAAGCAGUCAGGUUAUCUAGGAUCGUUCUAGCACCCGUAGCAUGAUCAAGAUUUGCCUUAUCACCCUU